UUUUUUUUAUCUAUGUCUAAAACAAUGGAGUCACCUUUAUUUCUCUCACCUAAUCCCAAUAGUGAUACGUUAUCAAACUCUGAUUAUACUUCUGAUUAUAUUAGUGACAUGUAUGACUUGACUCCACCUGUUGAAACUACUCCUACUCGUCAUCGAAAAUCGACAAAAAAAGUUAUGUUAGAAGACAAUGCUCAUGCCAACUUGAUAUCGUGGAAUACUUCAGGUGCUUCUUUUUCUGUAUGUAAUGCCAAACUUUUUUCCAAAGAAGUCUUACCUGCUCAUUUCAAACAUAACAAUUUUUCAAGUUUUGUACGAUUAUUGAACAUGUAUGGAUUCCAUAAAAUCAGUAAAUCACCAAGGGGUCAACGAUCCAAUGAAAAUGAAAUUUGGGAAUUCUCACAUGCAAAAUUCAUCAAAGGACGACCAGAUCUACUUCAAGGAAUCAAACGAAAAGCAAUGGAUUCAGAACUGAUGAAACGAGAAGCGGGUGAUAUUCAAAAUUCUUUUGCUAUGCUUCAAAUGUCACAAACCGAUCUUAUUCAACAAUUUUAUACUUUACAAGAAAACUUUUCCAAUCUUCUUCUUAAUUUUGAAGAAUCAAAAAAAAUACAACAGCAACAAGAACUUCAAAUUCGUCGAUUAUCUGAAGCCCAAGGCAUACCACUUCCACAACAACCAUCAAUGAAUCAAUCACUACAACGACAUCGACGUUCGACUUCAACACCCUCCUUCCCAAUAGCUCAACAGGAACAACAAACUACUAAUGAACCUUUUAAAAUGCUCGUCACCACCCCAGUGUCAUCAUCCAGUGGUACCAUAUCAACCUCUUUUGGUGGAUAUCCCUCUUCAACAGAUAAUCAACCAUCCAUCUCUUACCCAAAGUGGCCCAAUCAACCCAUCAUACCUUCUCGCUCCAAAUUAGGUAAUCCCUUGCAACAACAACAACAACAACAACAACAAAGUGAUGAUCCCAAUAUCAUCUUUUCUCCAAUGUCCUUCCAUACUGCUGCUAAUACUCCUUUACCACCAAGUCCUAUGUUACUUGCUAGUCCUGAUCUUGGUAUGUCACCGGAUUCCUCUGAAGAUUCGUUAGGCUCUUUUGCAUUCCACUUGACUCAUCCCGAUACCCUUGAUCCCACUUUAAUGUAGUUUUUUUAUGUCUCUACUUUGUUUUGUCAUCCUUCCUCAUCAUAUUAAUUAGACAGUAUCUUUUUUGUCAUUCAUUUUUUUUUCAAAUUGCAGAUAAAAUAUAUAUAAAUAAAAAAAAAAAAGU